UAAUUUUAAAGUCACACAUUAAUUCUACUUUGCACUAAAUUAGUUUGAAGUAUUAAUUAAAAUAGUUUUAAUUAGUUGCAUUAGUUUUGUAUCCAUUAUUAUAUUGGUUGUCAAUUAAUAUUUGUUACAUUUUUAACAUGGAAGGGGGUAGAUAUUCGGUUGAUUUGGGUAACCUCCAACGCAAUCGGAGGAACGAGAUUGGGAGGAAGAAAUCCCGCAAAGGUAAAGAACUUGCCGGUUCUUCAUCUCAAAGCCGAGAUGAUUUUGAAACGGGUUACCAAAGGCGAGAUGGAGAUGCGAUGUCCGAAGAACAACUCCAACAAGAAUUGGCCCGACAUAAUAACCGCUUUCUACAACAACAACAAAUGCCGACGACCAUUGACGAAGAGGAGCUUGAGGAUGAAGAUGCGGAGGAAUUGGAACCGGAGACGGCCGAGGAGGAGGGUGCCGGCAGCCACGACGCCGACGCGCUUGCCUCAUCCCAAACCGCCACCGGUAAUAAAAAAGGUAAGUCUGAACUAAUGAAAAAUAAUUUUGAUAAAUGGAAGGACCCACAAACCGGCUAUUGGCACGCAACUUGCAAGUGGUGCAACGACAAUUAUAGUUUGGGAACCUCCGGCGGAUACGGAUCCGCCGCAAGGCAUCUUAAGGCAAAGCACCCCGUGGAGUAUGCAAAAUUAGGCGGCGGAACGGGGAAGCAAACUCAAAUAUCGAGACUUGCUAAUUUGGAAGAUUGUUUCAACUUCUAUUAUCUUGCGUUUUUCGGUGAAUUUCCAAUGUAUGACGAUAACCCCAUAGAUCCGAAAACGGAAUACAACGAGGUUAGUACUUUAUUUUAUGCCUUAUUUAAUGAGUUUCGUGCACAAUAUAGCAACGCUCCCCCUCCCCCGUCACGAACAUCUUCAUCUAAAGGAAAAUCGAUUUUUAAAUCUGCAUUUGGCAAUCUUAUGAAAAAAACUAAAACAACUCACGUCACUGAACAAAGCGCAUUGAAUGAGAUUACUUUGUAUUUAACAUAUGAAGUUGAUUUUGAAGAAAAUGAUGACUUUGACGUUCUAGACUGGUGGAAGUCAAAAGAAAGAACGUUCCCGAUUUUAGCACGGAUGGCUAAGCAAGUACUAUCAAUGCCGGUUUCAACAAUUGCUGUGGAACAAGAAUUUAGUUCGGCCGGCAACGUCCUAACGGCAUCUAGAUCGAGAUUGAGCGCGGAGUCUCUUGAGACGCUUAUAUGCUACCACGAUUGGUUGAAGGCCGCACGUAGAACUCAAGAAUUGAGCAUCACCCCCUCUCAAGAUUUUAUGGAUGACUCAACAAUCGAUGGUGGCUCUACCUAUGCCGGAGAUUCCGAUUGAUUAGUAUUUUAGAAUUUAUUAUAAAAUGUAUUUUAUAGCACUUGUCAAAUUUAUUUAUACUUGUACUUCAUAUUUCAAAAUUGUAAACUUGUACUUCAUAUUUCAAAAUUGUAAAUUUGUAGUUGUACUUCAAAUUAAUUUGUAAACUUGUACUUCAUAUUUCAAAUAAAUAUGUGUUCACUUUUU